AUGACUCCUACACACUUCGCCUUUUCCUCAACCUUUCUUCUCGGCCUAGCAGGCCUAGCAUUCCACCGAACUCACCUUCUUUCCGCCCUCCUAUGUUUAGAAGGAAUAAUACUCUCACUCUUCAUUGCCCUCUCCAUAUGAACCCUUCAGCUUAACUCUGCUAGCUUUUCAGCCUCCCCCAUACUUCUCCUGGCUUUUUCAGCCUGUGAAGCAGGGGCCGGUCUCGCACUACUCGUCGCUACUGCCCGCACCCACGGGACAGACCGACUCCAAAGCCUCAAUCUUCUGCAAUGCUAA